AUGAAGUUCUCCUUCCUUCUGCUUUUGAGCCUGGUUCUACUACUCCAUGGCACGGUCAUUCACUCCCACCGUUCAGGCCAUGCAGGUAGCCUACAUCACCGACACCACCGCUCUCUGACAACAGCAGACAGCAGCACUGAUAACAGCACUGACAGCAGCACCGACAGCAGAACCGGGUACAAGUCUAUUGCUUACUACGUGAACUGGGCAAUCUAUGGCAGGAACCACAAUCCCCAGGACAUUCCCGCCGAAAAGUUGACUCAUAUCCUCUAUGCCUUUUCCAACAUCCGCUCCGACGGCGAAGUCUACCUCUCCGAUACAUGGUCCGACAUCGAGAAGCACUACGCGGGCGAUUCGUGGAAUGAUGUUGGGACAAACGUUUAUGGAUGCGUCAAGCAGCUAUAUCUUCUGAAGCAGAAUAACCGGAAGCUGAAGGUGCUCCUGUCAAUUGGAGGGUGGACAUACUCGAGCAAUUUCGUGACCCCGGCGAGCUCGGAACAGGGAAGGAAGAAGUUUGCGUCCUCGGCGGUUAAGUUGCUGGCUGAUUUAGGGUUUGACGGAUUAGAUGUCGAUUGGGAGUACCCUGCCAACGACGCCCAGGCCAGGGACAUGGUUGCGCUCCUGAGAGAGAUUCGAGCGGAGUUGGACAGAUACAGCCGGGAGCGUGCCAACGGAAAGCACUUUCUUCUCAGCAUAGCCUCUCCAGCAGGCAACACCCUUCACCUCGCCAGCAUGGACACUGUGCUUGACUUUUGGAACCUAAUGGCCUACGACUACUCUGGCAGCUGGGACACAAAAUCAGGCCACCUUGCAAACCUCUAUGCGUCUUCUGAUAACCCUGCCUCGACCCCCUUCAAUACAGAACAGGCUAUCUCCGCCUACGUGGCCGCUGGCAUCGCACCUAACAAGAUCAUCCUCGGCAUGCCACUCUACGGACGUGGAUUCACCAACACCGAUGGACCCGGAAAGCCAUUCAAUGGCGUCGGUGACGGAAGCUGGGAGAAGGGAGUCUGGGAUUACAAAGCCCUUCCUCAGUCAGGGGCCAGUGUUGUCGAGCUGAACAACAUCGGUGCAAGUUACUCCUAUGAUGCUGCCAAGAAAACUAUGAUCAGCUAUGAUAGCCCUGCCAUUGCCAAGGUAAAGGCGGAUUACAUCAAGAAGAGGGGACUUGGCGGCGCGAUGUGGUGGGAGACAUCUGGGGAUAAGAAGGGAUCGGAGAGUUUGAUUUCUACGGUUGUGGAUUCCCUUGGUGGCACUGCCGCUUUGGACAGCACAGAGAAUCAGCUGGAUUAUCCUGCUUCCAAGUACGAUAAUAUUCGCAAGGGGAUUCAGAGAUUGUAA